CACCUCAUUUUCUUUGUAUUUUAUCAGUGAUUUCAAGAUUUUUAAGGAGUGUUUAACGUUUAAGCAAUUUAUUUUCGUCUAGUCUUAAGUGAGAAGAGCUUUCCAUCAUUGUUUAGAGAUUAUGUUUGGAAAAUGUCACAUCAAUCCCCAAGUUUUCAUAGAUGAUUGUCGUUGUACAUUUUUAUCUCUCAACCAUAGGUCUCGAGUUUGAAUCUUAAAAUGAAGAAAGUAUUGGUAGGGAGAGUUUCCCCUUAAAUGAGUCCACAGCACAUAUUUGGAUUAAUCGGGCAUCUGGAGCAUUUUCCUUUGUAAUGGAGCCCACACGGUGUGAUCUAUAUUAGUCAGGGCCAGUGGUCUCAACUAUCAGACGGUGUAUUCGCGCCCUAUGAAUGAAGAUAUUUCUGAUAGAGAACGUAUCCCCCUUUAAAAGGACCCUAUACAACAAGUCUGAAUUAAUCGGGUCAGCAAGUUAUGGACACCACAUAGUUCAACCAACCAAAAAAAAAAAAAAAAAAAAAGAGGAAUCUCUUUCCUUAAAAGGAAAAAAGGGGGCAAAAUAGAAAAAGAAAAGAGCUCUAUUGUAGAAAUGAAACUUGAUUACUUAACACCCCCUUUCUGCUUAAGGAAAGCUUCAAAAAGCAAAGUCCAGACAAGUGUAGGACAACAUAGCCUUUAUUCCCUAGCAUUUUGUCUUGUUUAGUUUAAAGUUCACUAUUUUUUUAAUAAUAUUUCUUGAACCACAUUUUUAAAAUACCUUCUUUAUAAUUUUGUUCCACUAAAGACAAUCUUCAAGAAUAUGUUACAGCUAAACCAUACCAAUUAGUAAGAGCACAAAAGAAGAAUGUGAAGCAUAUAGAGAUACUGUUCCAUACAAUCAUUAGUAUCUUUUUUAAAGUUGAGUAGUUAAAUUAAACUAGGAAAAAGAAUGUGGAAUUGAAAUAUUAUAUAGUAGUCUUUCACUAAAAAAAAAAAAUUAAACCUGACUAAGCUGGUUUUGAUUUGUUAUUUUCUGAUGUUUGCUUCACAAGAAGGGAAGUCCAUUCUCUUAAGUCCACUCAUUUUCUUUAUAUAAGUAAUGGACACUUCAAAUAGCUACAAUUACAAAGUCCUACAAGCAUCUUAGCUCUUUCUUAGUACCUUUAAGUUCCAAGUAUUGCACAUUUGCACUAUAGUUAGAAGUUAUAGCAACACAAGAGAAAAGGAAAAAAAAAACAAAAAACAAACAAACAAAAAGAAAUGUCAGGCUUUUAUGAAGUUUGUGCUGAGGAACUUUUCCAUGUUCAUCCUGAUCCUGUUAUCUUGGAACUCAACAACUUGCGGAACCAACUCAAAGAGAAGGAUCGAGAAUUGGGAGCAGCGCGAAGUGAAAUUAAGGCUUUGAAAGCAACUGAAGUCCUCAAAGACAAAGCUCUUGGAGAGCUCAGAAGUGAAUUUCAAAAAUUGGAGGGAAGGCUGAAAAUCGGCGAAACACUUCUUGAACAAAAGAAUCUUGAUAUCAAACAACUCGCUAAUGAGAAGAAAGAAGCACUGGCUGCACAAUAUGCUGCCGAAACAGCUCUUAGAAGAGUAUAUGCUGAUCAGAAGGAUGAUGAUUUUCCUUAUCUCGAGUCCAUUAUUUCUCCCCUUGAGGCAGAGAUAAAGAUGUAUAAGAAUGAGAUUGCAUCAUUACAAGAGGAUAAAAGGGCUUUGGAUAGACACACUAAGUCAAAAGAGGCGGCGUUGCUUGAAGCAGAAAGGAUAUUAAAAAGUGCUUUAGAAAGGGCAUUAAUAGUAGAGGAGAUUCAAAAUCAGAACUUUGAGCUUAGAAGACAGAUCGAAAUCUUUCAGGAGGAAAACAAAAUACUUGAUAAGACAAACCGUCAAAAGAUUCUUGAGGUGGAAAAGCUAAGCCAAACCAUUAUAGAACUUGAGGAGGCAAUUCUUGCUGGAGGAGCAGCAGCUAAUACACUUCGUGACUACAAACGACGAAUUUCUGAAUUACAAGAGGAGAAGAGGACGCUUGAAAGGGAACUAGCAAGAGUUAAGGUUUCAGCAAACCGAGUUGCAACUGUCGUGGCAAACGAGUGGAAAGAUGAGAAUGACAAAGUCAUGCCUGUAAAACAGUGGCUAGAAGAAAGAAAGCUGUUGCAGGCAGAGAUGCAAAGACUGAGAGACAAAUUAACCAUAUCAGAGAGAACAGCCAAGGCAGAAACACAACUCAAGGAUAAGCUAAAAUUGAGGCUCAAAACACUCGAACAAGGCUUGAAGCAAGCGUUCAACGUCUCUGUCAAACCUAAUGGAUCCCCAAAACCUCAAAAGACUAAACACUAUCUUGGAAAUAACUUGGUAAAGAAGAGUUUAUGGACUUCUCGAAAUAAGAAUGUUGAGAGUGCUGGAAAGGAAAAUGCAGAAAUGAAGGAGAAUUCUAUUGUGGAUAUAAACAGCAACGAAAUCACAGAGGCGCAUAAGAUCAAGAACCGAGGAGAUGAUCAGGAAGAAAAUAAGACUAAUGGAUGCAGCCAGAGUGAUAACGACGAUACGGUAUCUGGUUUUUUGUAUGACAGGCUACAGAAAGAGGUUAUCUGUUUAAGGAAGUUUUGUGAGACAAAAGAGUCAGCUUUGAAUACUAAAGAUGAAGAAAUUAAGAAGCUAAUGAAGAAGAUUGAGACAUUGUCGAAAGCUAUAGAAGUUGAAGCAAGAAAACGAAAAGUGAAGCAACAAGGAUCAUGAAAACAUUUUGAAGAUUCAUGUAGUGACAGAGAAACGUGGAGCUACUAUCUUGAUUCAUCAGUCAGAUUCUUGCAUUUCUUGUAUAUACAAAGAGUGGAAGUGAUUUAGGAAUAAAGAUCAAAUUCAUUUGUAAUGUAAAGUGAGUGACUAAUUCUGUCACAACUGGUGUGUAAUUCUUUUUGUUUUAGUUACUUAUUUGUAUAGUUAUUCUCAGCUUUAGAUUCAGAUGACUAAGAAUAAUUGGAAGUUUGAUUGUUUUUGCUAAUACUCACAACUCUUACAGCUGAGUGGUUCUUGA